AUGUCCUUAAUUGAGCAACCACACGAAGUGAGCACUCAUUGUCAUUUGUGGAGAAAGAGACUUAAAGAACUUUACCAUCAAAUUGAUAAAGCACCGUUCAAUGGAAAUGUGGAUCUGGUCUACAUUAAAGCUCACGUGGGCAUCCUGCGAAACGUGCAAACCGACAAGAUGGCUGGAGAUGCUAGUUUCUAUCUACGAGGCUUGGACCUUUUACCAAACAAAGCCGUGAAAAGGGUUAUUGUCAAAUCCACAACAAGUGAGAGG